CUGCAACCAGGAGUGACAGUUCCGUGGAACAAUUCACUGACCAAUUAUAGAUCACGUAGUAAUAGAAUUUACUCAUGUCAGCCAGGAGAGACGGAUUGCUGGAGUCGGGAAACAAGUGUAUGAAGAAACAGAGAAACGGUUUGAACGACUGAAGACUGGUGCUCAGUGCUGGAGGAAUCAGGGCCUGGAACUGAUUGAAGGGAACGGUGAUUGCAGCCAUUGAUGCGAUUUGAGCAGCAGAUGUGUCCUGAUCAACACACAACUAAAGAAACAUGGAAGGAGUAAUCACGAUGGCUAAUCAAUAGCAGACGGCAGUAGACAAGUCCCCCUUCCCUGACUCAGACUUCUCCUGCAAGUCGAGACCCUCCUGCCAUGGAAUAUGCUCCAUCCUCCACUACCCGCCAUGCCUGAUAGCCAGCAGUCUAAGAAUGGCAGAAUGUAUUGAACUGGUGCCGAGCCGCGAUGGCAGACGGGCAUACAUUAUGAGGAUAAGCCAUGAUGCUUCAUGUGUUGCCUGAUCCGUGAUGUAUGUUAUUGUGUGGAUACCAUGUGUGUUUAUGCCCAAGUGUAUAGAAAACAAUGUCAAGGGGGAUUCCUGACUGGUUCUGCUUGAGUGAACAAAGCGAGUGAACCAUAUUGUCUGCAGUGCCUUUGAAACAGCUCAUUGAAUUAACAAAUUGUGGUGUGGAUUUACUUGUGGCUCAAUCUAAUGUGUGAGUUGCAUGUCGUGUGACAGUGGACAUACAGAUCAAUGAGAAUUUGCUGGUAAUCCUGUUCUGAGGAUGGAGAGAUCGUGUGGAUGUCCAGUUCCAUUCAUACAUCAGGCAGUGUCGCGUCUUGUGCUGAAGACAAUGGAACAGCCUCGCUAGCAGUCUCACAACACUCACUAGCAUGGGAACAAAAGCCAGCUUCCUCAACACAAUUAGGACCGCAGAAAUUCAGCAGGGCUUGCAUGGGCAGUGAUGAUGUUUGUCUGUACUCCGUUUCCAUAGAUGCUGUUGCCGAUGCUGGCUGACACUGCAGGAUAUGCUGUCAUGAAGAUGCUGUGAUGUGGGUCUGCCGUCAUCCGUUGUGUGGAGACACCGGGCCACUGUUGUGCCACAACACGACAACACAAUCUGAUCAUCAUGACAUGAACUGAGGCCUCAGCAGUCCUGUGUGAUGUGUCAUAGUACCACUAGUGGACAUUAUUAUCACUAACUCUGUAGUGCCAACCCCAGCAAUAAGUGGUCUGUGUUCUCCCUACACCCUGCUGCAGGGGCUCUAGUAGUCAGCUGAUUGUCAGGCGGAACCACUGUACACUACUGGUGCAGGACUACUCACUGGCAGGAUCAGCAUUCACUAUACAUGAGGUUUGACCUCCCACUGCAGAAGAAAGGCAUGUGAGGAGGACUGUGCCCAGAUUAACACAAUUCUACAAGAAUUCUGGAAGAAAAGCCACACUGAUUGAGAACAAUAUCCAGGAACUUCAUCAAUGUUUUAGUCAACUGUGCUCAACUGACUCCGAUUAUGUGAAUGAUCUCAUGUGUCUGAACACUGGCACAGACACUGCAGUACAGGAGGCAAUACUACGAAGCAGUACUGCAAGCACGAAGCAGUACAGGAGGCAAUACUACGAAGCAGUACAGGAGGCAAUACUACAUGGUAGCACAAGAGGCAAUAUGAUGAAGCAGUACAGGCAGUAAUAACUGAAACCAUCUUUCUGACACAAGUAAUCAAAGGUCUUAGUUUUCGAACUUUCAACCACUGAAUUUAAAAAGAAGCAUUAUGAAAAGGAACUUUUUUCGCUCACUGACUUUCAAGCGCUUUUUACUACUGCUGUGUGGUGUGUACCUCUGCAUGGUGUUAUUGUUCCACAGCAGACUUCAGGUAGAUCGACCAAUCGGUGCUGUUGUUGAAACGGAACCAGAAAAGACUACAACCUCAGCAAUACAAGAGAAAAUUCCCGAAGUGGUCUUCAACGCCAGUGUUGAGGGCCUCAAAGGCUGGGUAAGGAAUUACUAUAAUGUGAAAAAUUUAGCCAAAGAAAUAUCUAACCUUGAGAAAAUGGUGGAUAAGGUCAAGGGCGAGCUGAUUAUCAACACAACACCUCCAAAUGUUGAUGACAACGGUGAUCUUAAGCUCGGCAAGAACUGCAUUAGAAAAUCAGAUGAUUUUGGAGUGGGCAAGUUCCGGGAACUCGAGAGGGGUGUAUAUGUGUAUUCUGCAUAUCUGGAUGAUCGAAAAAAGCAGAAGUUUAUUCGUUUCAUCAUGUUGGUUGCCAAAGAUAGACGGUACAAAUUCACCAUGACAUGUGUAUUUGGGGAUGGCACUGAAGUGUCGAUGAAACCAUAUGAAAUGUGUGAAAAUCAUAACAAACAAUUUGGUGGGUAUAUCUACUCGUGCCCCAUCACAAAUGGAACUCUCUGUCCUGUGAGGAUAAAGACUAUAGCAGGCCAGAGAUUAGUCUCGGUGCCAAUUGUUCCUGUAACCAUGGUUACAAAACCAUAUGACUACGGAAUCUGUAUACCACCCUUGUUUGGUAAAAUCAAAGAUGAUGUUCUAGUUGAGUUCUUGGAACUUUCAAUGCUAUUAGGUGCUGAACAUUUCUAUUUUUAUAAUUAUUCUAUCACAAAUGAAAUGGCAGAAAUUCUAAAACAUUAUCACUCUCGUAAACUUGUGACUCUCAUUCCCUGGAAGUUACCCAAAGAGGUAAGUGACAAAUCUAUCUGGUACCAUGGUCAGCUGUUGGCUCACAAUGACUGUAUGUACCGCUCUAUGAGCACCAUGAAGCACAUGGCCAUCAAUGACGUGGACGAGUUUAUAAUUCCACAUACUGCUGCAAAAACAUGGAAUGAAUUUAUUCCGGGACUCAUUGGGGACAAACACUGUGGAGUUUCCUUCUCUAGUGCCUUCUUUGACCCAAGUCACGGCAUCAAGCAUCCAUCAGGAUUAUUUACAAUGGGACAGACGGUGAGAUCCCAGCAAUUCAGCCAUGUUCGCACCAAGGUUAUGGUCAUGCCACAGCGGGUGUUUGAGGUGGGCAUCCACCAUAUAAGCAAGCAAAAUGAGGAACGCUGGACACCCCAGAAGGUACACCCGGAUGUUGCAUAUCUCCACCACUACCGCCGUUGUGUUUCUAAUUAUGGCAUGAAGUGCACCACCACUACUGAGGACAAGACUGUGUCCAAAUAUUUUGAAAAACUUCAGUCAAACUUUGAUAAAUCAAUGACAUACCUUGAAAACAUUCUCGCAAACAUUACAACACCAACACCUCCAAAGAAGAAAUCACAAAAGCGUAUGUAACGCUUUCUUUUGUUUGCAAUACUUUAUCUUAUUUUACUUCACUCUUACAUGCAAAAACGUUUAGCAAUUAUUAUUGUGUUUGAAGGGACCAGGCUCAAUGUUUAUGUGGUAUUUGGUUGUUUUCUUGAGUGGGUAUGGACUAGCAGCCAUUCAUGGGAGUAAUUCAUCAUGACAUACUGAUAAUUCUUUGACUGACUGACUGACUGAGUUUGGUUUUAAGCCGCUUUUAGCAAUAUUCCAGCAACAUCACGGCGGGUGACACCAGAAAUGGGCUUCACACAUUGUACCCAUGUGGGGAUUCGAACCCGGGUCUUCGGGGUGACGAGCCAAUGCUUUAACCACUAGGCUACCCCACCGCCCCGAUAAUUCUUUGAAAGAAGAUGGAUACAUACAUGAUAUUAUUGUCUUGCCUUCAAGAUUACUCUGUCAAAAUAACAAAUAGUGCUAGGUUAAAAAAAGUUAAAACUGUCUGAAUUAUUUCAGGUACAUUUUUCUCUUAAAUUUAAAAUGUGAAUCAAAUAAAAACAUCUAUUUGUCCAAAAAUA